CAAGUGCAACAAAUUUGUGAAUUCAAAGUUUGACUAAAAAUCUAAACAAAGAUAGGCGAACAGCAACAGCAAAGAUUCGAUUGAUCAUCGUUCAUCUGCAUCUCCACCACUAAAACCAAACUAAAAACUUAUUAUAACUUUCAUAACCAAGAAAAGUCAAAUCUCGCAUCAACUCCCGACGCUAUUCGGCCAGAGAAAAAUAUGUGCAAUGUCAAAAUUUGUUUUCGAUAGUAUGCUGCCAAAGUAUCCACAGUUCCAGCCAUUUAUCAGUUCGCACUUAACCACAACCCCCACAAAUUCGUCAUCAGCAGCAGUUGCCGCCGCCCUUGCCGCAGCCGCCGCCUCCGCAACCAGCGCCAACUCGCCUGUGCUCCAUCCGGGCAUCAGCAGCAGCAGCAGCAACAAUCACAGCAGCAGCAGCCAUCUGCAGUCGUCGCAGCUCUCGCCCAGCUCCAGUGGCCUGCAGCUCAGUCAGCAGCAUCUCAGUCAGUCUUCCAACUCGCCGGUGUCCUCCUCGUCGCCCUCCUCGACGGCCCAGCAGCAGCACCAGCAGCAGCAGCAACAACAGCAUCAUCAGUACUCCUCGCUCUCGGCAGCGCUUCAGCUACAGCAGCAGCAGCAUAUUAACAAGCUCGCUGCCGCCGCAGCCGCCGUCAGCUCGCAAGGAUCUGUUUCCGGCCUUGGUGGUCAUCAGUCGCUGGGGCACGCCCAUCAGCAGUUGCUGCUAACACCGCCCUCGGCGGGAAACUCACAGACCGGCGACAGCAGCUCGUCCCCAUCGCCAGCGACCAGCUCCUCGUUUGCCAUACCCACCAGCAAGAUGUAUCCAUAUGUGUCAAAUCAUCCCAGCAGUCAUGGCGGCCUCUCCGGCAUGCCGGGCUUCUCGGGCCUCGAGGACAAAUCCUGCAGCAGGUACACAGACAGCGUGAUGAACAGUUACCAGUCGAUGAGCGUACCUGCCUCGGCGUCCGCCAGCUUCGCACAGUUCUAUCAACAUGCAGCGGCCGCCUCGGCCGUCUCCGCCGCCAGCGCGGGCGCCAUUGGAGUCGACUCUUUGGGCAAUGCCUGCACACAGCCAACUUCGGGCGUGCCCGGAGCCGGUGGUGCCGGCCAAGGUAUUGCGGAUCUGCCGCGCUAUCCGUGGAUGACGCUCACCGAUUGGAUGGGCAGUCCCUUUGAGCGCGUCGUUUGUGGCGAUUUCAAUGGCCCCAACGGUUGUCCGCGUCGACGCGGCCGCCAGACCUACACCCGCUUCCAGACGCUCGAGCUGGAGAAGGAGUUCCAUUUCAAUCACUACUUGACGCGGCGGCGACGCAUCGAGAUUGCACACGCUCUCUGCCUGACCGAGCGUCAAAUUAAGAUUUGGUUCCAAAAUCGUCGCAUGAAAUUGAAGAAGGAACUGCGCGCAGUCAAAGAAAUAAAUGAACAGGCGCGUCGAGAUCGUGAGGAGCAGGAGAAAAUGAAGGCACAGGAGACCAUGAAAUCCGCCCAGCAGAACAAGCAAGUGCAGCAGCAGCAACAGCAACAACAACAACAGCAGCAGCAACAGCAGCAGCAACAACAGCAGCAGCAGCAGCAACAGCAUCAGCAGCAGCAGGAUCAUCACUCGAUCAUUGCACACAAUCCGGGCCACUUGCAUCACUCCGUUGUCGGCCAAAACGAUCUCAAGCUUGGCCUGGGCAUGGGCGUUGGCGCCGGCCUCGGCGCUGGCAUUGGCCCCGGCCUGGGCGCCGGCCUCGGCGGCAAUCUGGGCAUGAUGAGCGCCCUGGACAAGAGCAAUCACGAUCUGCUCAAGGCGGUCAGUAAGGUCAACUCCUAAGCCGUGCACUCCACACUGCAAUACGAAUACCACCAUCCACACACCGUCUCAGCAUCAUUGAGUUUUGACAUGCUUGCACUACGUGAAGCGGCGUAGAGCGUAGAGCGAAAAGGAAAAUUAAAACAAAAGUUGAUAACUUAAAUACGUAACGUUUUUACAUAGUAAAUAGUUUAAGCCUAUGUCUAAUCGGAAUACAUAAAAUACUAUAACAAUAUACACAAGAAGAGAAUAGAAAUAUAUAUAUACAUAUAUAUUUACCAUAUAACAAACAGAUCAAACGACUGUGCACAGUGGUUAGCAGGCAAUUGGCUGAGCGCUAAACUAGCAAAAGCUUUAAUUAUGUUUACAACAUUUCAAUCAUUUCAAUCCCACACAUACAUUGCUACUGAAAUACUGAUGCUGAUUUACUUACUUGCUAUGCCGAGCAUAGUGACGACUCUUUCAAAACUAAGCUACUUCCGUUUUAGCUGAGGGGGCGUCUUGGCCAUAGACUUGCCUGCAGCACUGUGCACGCUAUGCUAAUGUUAACGAGAAUGAGAAAACACUUGAUCUAUACAGUCUAGCGGUAAAUGCUUAAGUAGUAGGGGUACUCUGCUUGAAUUGAUAAUGUGAAAUGAGCGAUAUUUGAUAGUCAAAUAGUCAGAUAGUCAAAAGAUAAGCGAAUAUGCUGCACUCGUUACGAAAUUAGUCUGAGUACAAGUAACGUGUAGCGAGUAGCGAGUGGCGAGUUCAACUGUAAAAUUAUUUGCGACUGCUGUAGAUUUAUACUUAUACCUAUAUGUACGCGUUUAACUAUGUUUACAUAAACAUAAACUUAUAUAUACAUAUAC